AUGGGCUACACCAUCUUCAAUGAUACUCUCCAGCCCUCCAAAGUCCUGGACGAACCACCGUCCUCCGACCUGCUUGAUGUUCCCUCCUCCCUCAUCAGAGCCGUUAGGUCAUGCACCGCGUACGACUCCGUCACUCGCACCAUUGGACUCGUUCACCUUCGAAAACCUCCAGUACUCCUUCUCCAAGCCCAAUGCGGCCCAAACUUCAGCCCUGAAGUCGCAAAGGGUGGAUCUCAGCCGUUUGAAACCCGUCCAGCACUGCAAUAUGCCAUGGUUCCCAUUACGUUUGAAUACUUUGGGAUGUCACAGAAAUGGCUUCAAUUCUUCGACCGGUUUUGGAGACGCCAUUUCAUUCCCCCGACGAAGGAUCACCCAAGGGAUCACCAGACAGAAUUAAGGUUCGCCGUCGAGGCCCCGAUGGCGCACGCACUGAGCGCCGGGAUGGGAGAGAUUCUCUUGUUCGCCAUGGAUUAUUCCGUCGACCAAAAGUCUGACGGAUUGUUCCUCUACCACUGGCAGCUGCACAAUGAUAUUUGGCUGCAGGACUCGGGCAGAGGGAAGAGCGCCGUCGCCUGGGAGAUGCACUUUAUUUGGACGUGA